UUGAUUGGUCGAUCACAAAUCGUAAAUAAAACGAAAGAAUAAAACGUGCUAUAAACAUUAUCUAUAUUUUUGUGCAUUAUGUUACUUACAGAUUUUCCCGUACCCAAUGUUGGGAUUAAGCACAAAGAAGACAAUACUACUGUAUUCAUAGAUGGAGCUGACAAAGGCAAAGGAGCCCUGUACAUAGCUGAAAGUCAGGUGACAUGGUUAAGCCCAGCUGGUUCAGGAUUCUGUCUAGAAUACCCAAAGAUCUGUCUACAUGCCACAUCUAGAGAUCUGACUUCAUUUCCACAUGAAUGUCUCUACCUACAAGUUGAAGGAAAGUUAAUUGAAGAUGACAGGGGGAGUAACUCAUCAUCAGAAGGUGAUGAUGAUGACAUGCCAACUACAGAAGUCAGAUUUGUACCUGAUGACAAAAGGGCACGUAAGUUAUUGUAUUUUUCAGAAGGUUAUUAUGAAGGUGAAGAAGGUGUUGAGGAGCUCACAGAACAAGGGCAGGCAACUCUACAAAGAUUAGAAAAUAUGUUACGAGGAGGGCAAGGAGAUGGGCCUCCUGCGGAGCAUACAAAUGGUCACCAAGAUGAAGAAGAUAUGGAGAAUGAAAAUGCAGGCCAGUUUGAAGAUGCAGAUAUGGAACAUUAAACUCAGAUUGACUAAAAGAAACAUACAUUGUGUAAUUAAACAUUAAACAUACAUGGGAAUGUGUAAUUAGGAAGUGAACAUGUGUG